UUCCGCUCCCGCUGCGGGAAAUGGGGGAAGGGGGGGGGGGGGGGGGGGGGGGGGGGGGUCUGUAGACCUGGGGAGGGACGCAGGGAGAAGGGACAACCACCACUUCCAAACACGCAGGGCUCUGUGGAUUUCCCCACCGUGGAGUUCGAGUACGGGGACACCGACAGCCGUGGCGCAGAGCUGGCAGAGCUGUACAGCUACACCGAGGAGUCCGAGCUCAGCACCAACCGGCGAUGCUUCGAGGAGGAGUUUUGCCCCCAAGCGCGGGGCCGGCAGUGGCCGGAGCUGGACACAGCGCAGCAGAGGGCCCAAAUCCUGCGGCUGCUGGAGGGGCUGGAGGUGGUCAGCAGGGAGCGGCGGCUGCGGGCGGCGCGGGCCAUCCUCUACCUGGCACAGGGAGUGUUUGGAGACUGUGAGAGCGAAGGCGAUGUCCUGCACUGGUCACGGCACAACAGCUUCCUGCUGUACCAGCUGGGCACCUUCAGCGCCUUCCUGGAGCUGCUCAGCAUGGAGAUCGACAACAGCCAGGCGUGCAGCAGUGCGCUGCGAAAGCCAGCCAUCUCACUGGCCGACAGCACCGAGCUCAGGGUGCUGCUCAGCGUCAUGUACCUGCUGGUGGAGAACAUCCGUGUGGAACUGGAAACGGAUCCCCCAGAGUGGAAAUCCUGCCGGGAGACCUUCAGGACAGAGCUGAGUUUCCCCAUGCGCUCCGAUGAGCCCUUCGCUCUCUUGCUCUUCACCAUGGUGACCAAGUUCUGCAGCGGCCACGCUCCACACUUUCCUAUGAAGAAGGUCUUGCUCCUGCUCUGGAAGGUGCUCCUGUUCACGCUGGGAGGAUUUGAAGCCCUGCAGAUGAUGAAGGUGAGAAGGAGGGAGGAGCUUGGGCUGCCACCCCUGCCCGAGGACAGCAUCCAGGUGAUGCGCAGCAUGCGUGCCGCCUCACCGCCCACCUGCUCCAUUGAGCUGGCUGAGCAGCAGCAGAAGCGUGGGCACCGCAGUCGGCGGCCCCUGAUGAAGCAAGACAGCCUGGAUAUCUACAACGAGAGAGAUCCCUUCAAGAAUGAUGAAACAGGAGUUGAUGAAGAGGAGGGUGAUGAAGUGGAUGGUGGGAUCGAGGGGGAGCUGGACCUGAUGGAGCGGGAUGCUCUCCUCCCUACCAUACCAGCCCAGCGUCCUCCUAUUGAACGGGUGUCAUUCCCCAAAGGGCUGCCCUGGGCCCCCAAAGUCAGGCAGAAGGACAUUGAGCAUUUCCUGGAGGCAAGCAGGAACAAAUUCAUCGGCUUCACUCUGGGACAGGACACUGAGACCCUGAUAGGGCUGCCACGGCCCAUUCAUGAGAGCGUGAAGACACUGAAGCAGCACAAGUACGUUUCCAUCUCAGAUGUCCAGAUCAAGAAUGAAGAGGAGCUGGAGAAGUGCCCCAUGUCUCUGGGUGAAGAGGAAGUCCAAGAAACCCCUUGUGAGGUCUUGUAUCGAGCCAUGCUAUACAAUCUCCCCCAGUAUAUGAUCGCUCUGCUGAAGAUCCUCCUUGCUGCAGCACCCACCUCCAAGGCCAAGACUGACUCCAUCAACAUCCUAGCAGAUGUCUUGCCUGAGGAGAUGCCCAUCACCGUCCUGCAGAGCAUGAAGCUGGGGAUUGAUGUGAACAGGCACAAGGAGAUUAUCGUGAAGAGCAUCUCGGCACUGCUGCUGUUGCUCCUCAAGCACUUCAAGCUGAACCAUAUUUACCAGUUUGAGUACGUGUCCCAACAUUUGGUGUUUGCCAACUGCAUCCCGCUGAUCCUGAAGUUCUUCAACCAAAACAUCAUGUCCUAUAUCACAGCCAAGAACAGCAUCUCUGUCCUGGAUUACCCACACUGUACAGUCCACGAGUUGCCUGAGCUCACUGCAGAAAGCCUGGAAGCUGGAGACAACAACCAGUUCUGCUGGAGAAACCUAUUCUCCUGCAUUAACCUGCUGAGGAUCCUCAACAAGCUGACCAAGUGGAAGCACUCGAGGACAAUGAUGCUGGUAGUCUUCAAGUCGGCCCCGAUACUGAAGCGAGCUCUGAAGGUGAAGCAGGCCAUAAUGCAGCUGUACGUUCUCAAACUUUUGAAGAUCCAGACCAAAUACCUGGGGCGCCAGUGGAGAAAGAGCAACAUGAAGACCAUGUCGGCCAUCUACCAGAAGGUGCGGCACCGCAUGAACGACGACUGGGCGUAUGGCAACGAUAUUGAUGCGAGGCCGUGGGACUUCCAAGCUGAAGAAUGCACACUGAGAGCCAGCAUCGAAGCGUUCAACAGCCGGAGAUACGACAAACCUCAGGAUUCAGAGUUUGCACCAGUGGACAACUGCCUGCAGAGCGUGCUGGGGCAGCGGCUGGAGCUCCCCGAGGACUUCCACUACUCCUACGAGCUGUGGCUGGAGCGGGAGGUGUUUUCCCAGCCCAUCCGCUGGGAAGAGCUGCUGCGCUACCAGUGAGAGCCACCACGUCAGCCGUCCCGUCCCAGCAGGGACUCCAGGUGCUACACAGCGAGGAAAAGAAGAUCAUUUUAAGUAAAGCUGGAAGAAAAUCACCUUCUUAGAGCAUCCAGGCCUCUCUGUAACCAUCCAGACACCUCAACUCUCGUUUUCUUGGAGGUUUUCCCUUUGUUGUGACCUCUUGGAGGCCAUGAGGUACCAACAGAGCUGUAUGGAGGCUGAGGACCAGGUUCUGGCAUCUCAUUCAGGAGUGGCCUCACCUGGUUUUCACUGCAGAUUUACAACUGUGUAUGAGAGAUCUGAGCCUGUGCUGUCCCUUAGCUCGUUAAGUCUGUUGUAAGGGUAUCUGAGCCUUGAUAAGUCUUCAUCUCACCCAGAUGCCUCAAGCUGAGCUGAUGUGUUUUCAUUUGUUCAUUUAUGAUGAUGUGCUUGAAGCACCACACUGCUAUGAUGAAGUAAAAAACACAAAAUAGGUGGCACCAUCUGUGACAGUCCCAAGUAGAGUUGGAUGACUUGGCCAAAGGGGAUGACAUUACCACUUGUCCCCAGGGCAGCAUCACUGCUGGGAUUGUUCAGCAGAUUUACACGGUUUUUGCAUUGGUCACUAGGGAUAGUAAUGCAUUUACCUUUACCAUUGCUCCACUUCCUUCACCCCUCUGCUCAUUGC